CAGACUGAAAAAAAAUAAAUCUGUAUUACUCUUACUUACCAGGCUUCAGCUACAGAGGUACAAAUUGGGCCCAUGAGACUGACACAAGAUCCAAUUCAGGUUUUGCUGAUCUUUGCAAAAGAAGACAACCAAAGCGAUGGUUUCUGGUGGGCUUGUGACAGAGCUGGUUACAAGUGCAGUAUUGCCCGGACUCCCGAGUCAGCACUUGAAUGUUUCCUUGAUAAGCAACAGGAAAUAAUUGUUAUAGAUCACAGGAACUCCAGAUAUUUUGAUGGGGAAGAUAUGUGCAGGUCUAUUCGUGCCACAAAGCCAUCAGAACACACUGUAAUACUUGCUGUGGUUCCUCGCAUAUCUGCUGAUCAAGACGAGACUUCCGUUCUUCCCCUUCUUAAUGCAGGCUUUGAUAGGCAUUUCAUGGAGAAUAGCAGCAUAACUGCUUGUUACAAUGAGCUGAUUCAAAUAGAACAUGGGGAAGUACGAUCUCAGUUCAAAUUACGGGCAUGUAAUGCAGUGUUUACAGCAUUAGACCAUUGUCAGGAAGCCAUAGAAAUAACCAGUGAAGAUCAUGUUGUUCAGUAUGUUAAUCCAGCCUUUGAACGGAUGAUGGGGUAUCAAAAGGGAGAGCUCAUUGGCAAGGAACUCACUGAAAUACCAAAAAGCAUUAAAAACUGUGCAGAUCUUUCAGACACUAUCAAUACAUUUAUUAAAAAAGGAAAGGAAUGGCAAGGGGUUUAUUACACAAACAGAAAAUCAGGAGACAGUAUCCAGCAGCAUGUGAGGAUAACGCCUGUGAUCGGUCAAGGAGGGAAGAUAAGACACUUUGUGUCCCUAAAAAGGCUGCGAUGUACUAAUGAAAACAACCAGCAGCUCUGCAAGAGUCACCACGAUAACAAGUGUACAGGAGACAAUUCUCAGUCAGAAUCCCAUUCCUUCAAAUGCAAGAACAGAAGAAAAGACUCAGUUGAUGUUAAGUCAAUAGCUUCUCAAAGUAGUGAUGCUCCAAGUUUACAGACCCGACGGAACUCCUCAAUGGCAAGGAUCCACUCAAUGACAAUAGAAGCUCCUAUCACAAAGGUUAUUAACAUAAUUAAUGCUGCCCAGGAAAACAGCCCCAUCACAGUAGCAGAGGCCUUGGACAGAGUUCUGGAAAUCUUGCGGACAACAGAACUUUACUCCCCUCAGCUAGGUACCAAAGAUGAAGAUCCUCACACAAGUGAUCUUGUUGGAGGUCUGAUGACUGAUGGCUUGAGAAGACUGUCAGGAAAUGAGUAUAUGUUUUCUAAGAAUAUGAACCUGAGCCAUAGUCACCUUUCAGUGCCAAAUACCAUCAGUGAUGUUCCACCUUGUAUUGCACAGCUCCUGGAUAAUGAGGAAAGCUGGGACUUCAAUAUUUUUGAAUUGGAAGCUGUUACAAAUAAAAGGCCAUUAGUCUAUUUGGGCUUGAAAGUUUUUGGCCGGUUUGGGGUCUCUGAGUUUUUAAACUGCUCGGAAGCAACACUGCGAGCGUGGCUGCAGGUGAUUGAAGCCAACUACCACUCCUCCAACUCCUACCACAACUCCACGCACGCAGCCGAUGUCCUGCAUGCUACUGCCUUCUUUCUGGGGAAGGAGAGAGUGAAGGGAAGCCUUGACCACUUAGACGAGGUGGCUGCAUUAAUAGCAGCCACCAUUCAUGAUGUAGAUCACCCUGGACGGACCAACUCUUUCCUGUGCAAUGCAGGCAGUGAAUUAGCUGUCCUCUACAAUGACACUGCUGUGUUAGAGAGCCAUCACACGGCACUGGCAUUUCAGCUUACAGCUAAAGACAGCAAAUGCAACAUUUUCAAGAACAUUGAUAGAAAUCACUAUCGGACAUUGCGCCAGGCCAUUAUUGAUAUGGUUUUGGCGACAGAGAUGACAAAGCACUUUGAGCACGUGAACAAAUUUGUGAACAGCAUCAACAAGCCGAUGGCAUCUGAGGAGACCAGCUCACAUAGUGAAGGCAGCGACUGUGAACGUACAGCCAACAUAAAGAAUUUUCCAGAUAACCAAACACUGAUCAAGCGCAUGAUGAUCAAGUGUGCAGAUGUAGCAAAUCCGUGUCGCCCCCUAGAGCUAUGUAUUGAAUGGGCAGGGAGGAUUUCAGAAGAGUAUUUUGCACAGACUGAUGAAGAGAAGAGACAGGGUCUGCCUGUUGUAAUGCCAGUUUUUGAUAGAAACACCUGCAGCAUCCCCAAGUCUCAGAUUUCCUUCAUUGAUUAUUUUAUAACAGACAUGUUUGAUGCAUGGGAUGCAUUUGCACAUCUGCCUGUUUUGAUGCAACACUUGGCUAAUAACUACAAACACUGGAAAACACUGGAGGAGUUAAAGUGCAGGAGUCUCAGGCUCCCAUCAGAAAACAACAACUGACACACAAGGAAGACAAACAGACCUCUUGAUCUACCAGUUUCACUGUGAAUCACUGUACUAAUUUGGAUACAAGAGGGACAGUGUUUCCUUUCAAGUGAAAUUAAGACUGUGUGGCAAGAAGGAAAUAUUUUAUCCAUCACUUCUAAGAGUCUCUGAAUUCCACAGAAAAAUGUUUUUGAAAAGGCUAUAUAAUUCACAUAUGAAUAAGAGCUCUUUGAAAAUAUCAGUUCGUGGCAGAAAAGGUACUUCUGAAACUAAUUUCUAGUACUGAAUUUGCAUUUGUCAAAUCUUGUAGCAAAUACAACUGCAUUUGCUAACAGUUCACACAAUGGUUUCUCAGACACAAACACGAUCUAGUCACCAGUAGAAUAGGUUGACAAACCCAUAAAAACUUCCCAAUUAUGUCACAAAAAUUGUUCCAGUUCUGCUGAUGUUCUUUAGUUUCUCUCAACGAUAGUUCUGAAGAGAGCAUGCAGAGUAGAACAAGUAAGCCUCAAGAACACAUUAAAAACAAACCCUGUGACAUUUAAACCAACCCUUUUAUUACAGAGAGUAUAAAACUGCUCUCUCGUCCUUCUUUUCUAUGUAAAAUUUCAGAUUGAGAAGUCAAAUUCCUUUAAAAUUGGUUACACAAUGGAAGAAAAUAAGCACGUUCUGUAUAGUUGGCGCCAUCCACAUUUUUCUCUGCCAUCUUAGACACAUCACCAUGUGAUGUUUUGUCAAGUUUUACAUAUAAACCCUUGUGGCACUGAUCAACCUCCCUUUUUAUAAAGUGGUGUUUGUACACACAGUCAUCAAUUUUAUUAGACUGAUCUAAAUUUUACGACAAGGCCAUAUAUUGUGCUACUUACAGAAAGAACCUGUAACUUUUUUUAAAAAAAUGCUUCCAGGUUAUAAUUUAUAACAGCAUUAUAAUUUGUACUGCUUUUUCCCUCCUAAUAAAAUGCUGUUUUGUUUGAUGAUGUAAAAAAGGAUUUCGAAAGUUGUAAAUAAGUAAGUUAGAAAUCAAACAUAGUUUGAUUAGUUUUAUUAGUUUUAAGAUACAAAAUUUAUGCUAAAGCUUCCAAAGCACAAAUGUGUAUUUUUGUACAUCUCAUUUUAAUCACAUGCAGACCAUGAACAUGAGUUCAAAUUUUAAACUAUUCUCAGAUUAUUCAGUUAAUAAAUACUAGGAGAAUUACUGAUUUUUUUAACACUGUGCACUCCAGGCUGCAGGCAAGAGCGUCAAAUCUGUGACUUCAUUUGAAGUAGUUCAUUGUUCAUUAAAAGGAAAGGUCCUGAGGCAGACUCUUUAUCACCCCCCAUACUGUACCAAGAAUUGAACCAAGUAAAGGAAAAAAAAAAAAGCUUAGAUUGCUGUGAAAGAAAAGUGACAGUGAUUGUUGUUUACUGCAGGUAGCUUACAUAAUGUGCCAACCUUUUUGUAUGUUUUGUACCAAGUUCUGAAAACAAAAGGAAACAUUCAUAAAAUGUAUGUGCAGAGAAAUGUAUAUAAGCUAUAUUUUUGUUAGAAUUGUAAUAGAACCUUACUUUUGUCAUAGCUAAGGCAGGUCACUUUGUAUUAAAAUGCUGCACUGUGUAUAUUUGAAGAAUGGUGUUUCUGGUGAAGUAUAUAUAUUCAUUAUUUCUGAUAUAUUGCAACAUUUUCAAUGGAUUUUUAUUCAGAUCAGAUGAACCUCUGAUUUUGAUACAGUAAACUGUUUGCUUUUACUAUUACUUUAUUUAAAACUAGUGCUCUCAGUGGUUGUAUCUCAACUAUUCUGAUGACUGAAUGCUCACUGCAGCUUGUAUUAGAGAAAAAGAAUUUCAUGAGUUUCAAAGCCUUGGCAUAUUAAUUUAUUUUGUUAAAUACAGCAUCACUGUAAGAUCACAGCCAUGUAAAACGUUUCAAUUCAGUAUUUUUGUCACAGUACUGUCACAAGGAG